GGGAGAAGCUUGGCUAACAGUUAGCUUGUCUGCUGACACGUUAACGCUCACCACUUUUCAACGUAACGCGAUCUCCAACAGAAUCCCGACGAGCCCAAAACAACCAGAUGAGAUUGGAGACUGGAUGUGUUCAGAGUGAAAAUGCUGAGUGGCGACUAAGUCUGGGAAACCGCUCGCCAGAGUGGCAGAUGAGGAAGGAAGGAAGGAAGGAAGGAAGGAAGGAAGGAAGGAAGGAAGGAAGGAUUGACGGUCGAGCCCGGCUGGUGAAAGGAAAAGAAGGGAAAUGAAGCGCAUUUGCCUCCCGGCACGCUUCUAGCCGCAACGGGACUUUUUAUUGUCACUCCUUCCCCUCCGCUGUACGUGAUACAUACGGAUACAUUUUUUUAAAUUCCAGGGAGCGUGAGUUCAUCUUCCAGAUUGUUUUUCUGUAUUUUCAUGCGGAAUUACGCACGCCUUCCCGGAUGAUCCGCGCAGUUUUCUUUUCUUGAAAUCAUGUAGUGUUCGCACCGCGGUCGGGUCUUUUGCGCAUUCUCGCCGAUCAGCGACAAAGUGACAUUUGACACUUGAGCUCGCGCCGCCGCCAUGCCGGCCCAGUGACCCCGCGGCGGUCCCUCGCCCACACCGCGGCACCCGGCCAUGGCCGCCGCCAUCGCCAGCGGGCUGAUCCGGCAGAAGCGGCAGGCGCGGGAGCAGCACUUGGACCGGCCCUCCGGCAACCGGCGCCGGAAGAGCCCCAACAAGAACAAGGGGCUGUGCAACGGCAACCUGGUGGACAUCUUCUCGAAAGUGCGCAUCUUUGGCCUCAGGAAGCGCAGACUACGGCGACAAGAUCCCCAGCUCAAGGGCAUAGUGACCAGGUUGUACUGCAGACAGGGCUACUACUUGCAAAUGAAUCCCGAUGGCUCUCUCGACGGCACCAAGGACGACAGCGCGAAUUCCUCUUUGUUCAACCUCAUUCCCGUGGGCCUCCGAGUGGUCGCCAUUCAGUCUGUGAAGACGGGCUUGUACAUCGCCAUGAACGGCGAGGGCCAUCUCUACACAUCCGAGCUCUUCACGGCAGAGUGCAAAUUUAAGGAGUCGGUGUUCGAGAACUACUACGUCAUCUACUCGUCCAUGUUGUACCGACAGCAGGAGUCGGGUCGGGCCUGGUUCCUUGGCCUCAAUAAAGAGGGUCAAACCAUGAAGGGGAACCGAGUGAAGAAAACCAAACCGGCCGCCCACUUCCUGCCCAAGCCAUUAGAAGUCGCCAUGUACCGAGAGCCAUCGCUGCACGACGUCGGCGAGACGGUGCCCAAAGCGGCGGUGCCGGCCGGCAAAAGCACAAGUGAGCCCGUGGUCAUGAACGGAGGCAAACCUGUCAGCAAGCCCGACAAACCCCCAACAUAACCACGCCCCUGCCGACUGAUCGACGGCGGCCCACCUUUUGCCCUUCGCUCGAGCGCCUUUCCUCGACGGAUCUGUCCCGACCUUUCCUCUCUUUCUCCUCUUGCCCCUCCACUUUUGUUUCUGCCUCCCUCAUCUUGGCCCUUUUUCCGGUGGAGGGAUUCUUAGGUGGAGGCUGGGGGCUGGGGGGAAGGUACUGGGAGGGUGCAGGGCGAGUUCCCCAGCCCAGGAAGACAAUGUCGGACUUCUUUGAUCCUGGAAUGCCUUUAAAAAAAUUCCUCUGGAACUGCGAGGUCGUGGUGUGAACGUGUGUUUUGCAGCCACUUUGCUUGCCAUGGGUUCUUUCCAAAAACCUUGUUCCCUUCUUUGAGGCCAGGCCCCAUCGCAGAGGAAGUCUGUGCACCUGCAGACCUAUUUUCUAUACAAUGGUUCACCAGCUAGCGAUAGUGGCUGUAUAGCUAGAGUCAAUAUGUGGACGACUGUCCUCUAUUUUUUAAGAAUAUGUUCCCCUUGCCCCCUUCUCUUUUCUAGAACCAAUCACAGGCUUUCCUCUUUCACCUUUGAAACACACGCAAGUGAAUCUUGGGAUUUUUUUUUUUUUUUUUAGUUCUUACAGCGCUUGCAAUCGUCGUCGUUGAUGGAGUGCUAGUUACCUACCGCCUGCGCAACAAUCAGUGCAACGGGGCAAACGCAUUUGCAAAAAGGCACGUGGGCGACAAAAGCGCAGUGCGGGAAAUGUGUCUACAUAUCGCAAAAGUUCCGCGCCCCACCUUCUCUGGUAAAUCUAUUUUUCUUGAAGUUAAUUUCCGAGCGCGGGCUCUAGGAAUAUUUCUCGGCCUUGUGGGCCUCGGUCGCCGACCUGUUGGACUUCUUGGACCGGGAGACGGUCUGUACCACACGGGAACGCGGCCGCAACGUUGUCAACGCUUGCGGCUGCGUCUGCAGACUAAAGCCUAGGCGAGGUUGAUCUCGUGUUCUGUCUCUGUUGCGGCAACAACGUUACGUAUGUGAUCUUUUCAUUGUGUGAUACAAAGGUACAGGUGGCGAAUGACUUCAAAGAUUAAAAAAAAAAAAAAAAAUUCAACCUAGGUUAUUUAUUAUUCAAGAGAAAUCGUCUCCUAGCUCAGCAUGCAGAGUCCAGUACUGAUCUUUCUGGCCUAUCACGUGCCUGUUUUCAACCUCGAUUUUUUUUUUUUUUUUUUUUUUUUCCCCGGCAUGCAAAAAGCGGUUCCCAGUCACCACUGGGCCAAAGGUGCCUCGCCCGCCCGACCACCCACCCAUUCAUCUAAAGGACACGUAGCAUCGUUAGCAUAGCGAGAAUCUCCCCGCUCACUCUGAGAUGACCAAAGGCUUUUCCCCCGCACCAACCAGGAAGAUUCUUCCAAAAUCCAUCAACGCUUUUCACUGUGAUAGCUUUUUGUUCCCGAUCCCGCCCGAGAUGUCUGCGUGACCGCCGCCCUGCUAUGCUACUCCGUGGAAAGGUCUUAACUUGAUGUCAUUUUGCAGAGCUUUGUCUACCUUCAAUUAGUCACGUGCAUGUACUUUCUGAGGUGUCAGGCUAUACAGUACGUAGUGUAGGACUUGACACGGGCAUGUCACCGGCUAGGGCACCCUCGCGAGCUAAUCUGCACUUUCACUCCGUUACUCUCAUCAUGACUGUUAGCUUAUGAUGACCGAUACGGGACAUUUGUCUCGCUUUGAUCGGGCUUUUCUGACUAGUUUCAGUUCUUUCAUGUUGAGAAAGUUCACAUUUUUACAACGUCGAUCAAGAAUAAGACACGGCCAAUUUGUUAGUAAGAGUUGAUGCAGGAACUGGAACGCAUUGGAAUCGAAUUUGGGACUGUGUGUCUGCGUCAAUUCUCGGUCAUCCGGGUCAUGGUAAUCCACCAAAAAAACGGAGACGGCAAUUGGAGAACUCUUGUUGCCUUCUUUGACUCUUUCCAGACAACUCGACUUCUUGGUUGUUGAACUUCACUUUUGUUCAAGUUUGCAACUAGACAAAUUCUUGGUUGUUCAACAACCAAGAAGAUGCUCAGUUCCCUUGUACUCAACUUUGAAGAAGUUGAAUUUGUCGGUUAUCAAACUUCGAACGAGAGGAGACUAAAUUCUCGGUUGGAGUGGACACUCUUGUUCUCGUUGACUCAAGUUCUAAGGAAACGACAGUCAAAUGUUUUUCAGAACUCGACUUUGACAACUUUAAGACAACCAAGAAUUGAGUUGCCGUCCAUCCAAUUUCCGAGGCUACCGGACUUGUAUUUAACUUCAAAACAAUCGAGAGGUCAACUUUCCUCAUUUUGGACUGUAAAAAAAAUAAAUCAAAUUGACUUCCUCUCGGUGGACUUCAAUCGAACAAAAACAAGUCCGGUUGCCUCGAGUGAAACUUUCAAGGCAAGGCCGGCUUCAAUUUUGCUAACAGCUGCUAUGUGAAGGCGUGUUUGGAUCCUCGUCACAACUUUGAUGUUCCUUCUCCCGAUUUCCCGAUCCGGGUCACGCGUGAUGUCAUUUCCCCUCGCCCGGUUCCGUCCGACGGCGUGUAAACUUGCACGUCCUUGUUUAUUCUGCUCAUUUUGUCCCACUUUUUGCACGGUGGAGAGAAAGGUGUCGACAAACCGCAUGUAACGUACGCCAGCAGUCGGUAUGUGUGGCUCCAAUUUUUUGGGGGGACGACGUAUAUGCAAAAUGUUUGCCGGCACCGUCCACGUUGUUUAUUGUAUACAAUUCUGCAAAUGUAGGACGUAAUACGCAGUAUAGGUUUGCACCUGGAAAGGUAACAAAUGUGCGACUGGGAUGACCGAGGAGUAACACGAACACUGAAAAGAAAAAGUAACUAUAUAUGUAUAAACUAUCAAAGAAUGACUAUUUUCGUAGUAUGACUUUGUUCUCAUAAACCUCUUGUCCAAUACAUUAGGACUUUAUUCCAAUAAUUGUAUUCUUGUAGGAUUAAAACAAUAUUUUGACUUUUCUUCCAAUGUUAUAUUUUGGGUAAGAUAAAAUUCUUGGCUUUUUAUUCUUGUAAUAUUCCAACUUUUCUUUGGGGAAAAAAAAAAAAAAAAAAAACCCAGAACGUACCUGGUGAGAUUCUCGUCCGAUAAUUCUUUUCUUUCUUUUUCAUGUGACUUAAUACACAUCUGAAAGUCUGAUUAUCGGGUCCCUUUCUGAAGUUUAGUGACGAAAGAGUCUGAAAACCUCUCAAACAAUGAGGUACUGUAAUCCCCCAAACUCCGAAAUGAUUUUUGUAAUGGAUGCAAAUCAAAGGGGGCGGGGCCAGCU